CUCCCUCCAAUCAGCAAAUGCUGGAGUAGGAGAAGGGAGUGUCUUGACCGAGGUCCCCUCACCUGGUUGGGGAGAAGAGGCUGGUGUGAGCCUCCGAAGCAGAGGUGUUCCCAUGCGCUCCCUUUCCCUCCCCAGCUUUCCCACCGACUCCGCUCGGACGCGUCUUGGCCGGUCUGGCCCAUCCGGAGAUUGUCCCUGUGCUUUCUUCAUUCCAGCGUGACUCCGUUAACUUCCCCGUCCGAGCCGAGGACACAAGAGUGCUUGUCUGAGAAUUGUCUUUAGAGUUUGAGGACUUGAGUUCCAAUCCUGUCUGGGACACGUUAACUCAGAGCCUAAGUGGGGACGGAUACACGCUCUCGUGGUGGUUCGGCCAAGCCCUUUGCUAAUUGGAAAAGGCUCUCCCUCUCCCCCCAUCUCUACCCUAAUGACCUUCCAGGUUUCCGUCCAGUACUCUAUCUACGGUACCACCAGACGCCACUGAAGAUGUUGAAAGACCACCAAAGGGGGAACCUCAAGACACUGUGCCUUACGGGGAACAGGCCUGGCUGAGCAGCAGCAUAACUGGUCCAUCGCCUACACCAGUGAACUUCUUGAAAACCCGCUGGAGAGAGAUAGGAAGUUGGGACCCUUCCAUUUCAGUGUUGGGAGUUGCCUGGCCACCGCGUGUCCUCCAGCAUCACUACCAUUUUCCUUCAGGCCUUCAGGCCUCCACUGCCUGGCAUGGAGGGCAACCUGUCUGGGCUGGUGCCCGCCGCAGGGCUGGUACCUGCGCUGCCCCCCGCCGUGACUCUGGGGCUGACUGCCACCUACACCACGCUGUACGGCCUGCUCUUCCUCUCGGUCUAUGCCCAGCUCUGGCUGGUGCUGCUCUACGGACACAAGCGGCUCAGCUACCAGACGGUGUUCCUGGCCCUGUGCCUGCUCUGGGCCGCCCUGCGCACCACCCUCUUCUCCUUCUACUUCCGAGACACGGCUCGAGCCAACCGCCUGGGCCCCCUCCCCUUCUGGCUGCUCUACUGCUGCCCCGUCUGCCUCCAGUUCUUCACCCUCACACUCAUGAACCUCUACUUUGCCCAGGUGGUGUUCAAGGCUAAGACAAAGCAGCACCCGGAGAUGAGCCGGGGCUUGCUGGCCGUGCGGGGGGCGUUCAUUGGGGCCUCACUGCUCUUCCUGCUGGUGAACGUGUUGUGUGCCAUGCUGUCUCGUCGGCGCCGGACACAGCCCUGGGCCCUGCUGCUGGUGCGAGUGCUGGUGAGCGAUUCGCUCUUUGUGAUCUGUGCCCUCUCUCUGGCUGCUUGCCUCUGCCUGGUGGCCCGGCGUGCCCCCUCCACCAGCAUCUACCUGGAGGCCAAGGGGACCAGUGUGUGCCAGGCUGCGGCCAUGGGCGGGGCCAUGGUCCUGCUCUAUGCCAGCCGGGCCUGCUACAACCUGGCAGCCCUGGCGCUGGCCCCCCACAGCCGGCUGGACUCCUUCGAUUAUGACUGGUACAAUGUCUCUGACCAGGCUGACCUGGUGAAUGAUCUAGGGGACAAGGGUUACCUGGUCUUUGGCCUCAUUCUCUUUGUGUGGGAGCUGCUGCCCACCACCCUGCUUGUUGGUUUCUUUCGGGUACACCGGCCUCCACAGGACCUGAGCACCAGCCGAAUUAUCAACGGGCAGAUCUUCAGUUCUCGAUCCUACUUCUUUGACCGGGCUGGACAUUGUGAAGACGAGGGUGGCCCGUGGGAGCACAGCCGGGGAGAGAGCACCAGCCUGUCGGGGAGCCUGGGGGCUGGCAGCUGGUACGGUGCUAUUGGGCGGGAGCCCGGCUGGUGUGGGGGCAGCCAGAGCCGAAGCACACCACUCCUCUUCUCCCAGGUGGCUGGGCCUGCUGGCCACCAUCACCACAGCCUCUACUCCACCCCGCAGACAUGAGCUCCCUGCUUCCUGGGGGUGGGCAGGGGCUUCUCUUCCUCUUCCAGAUGCCCUGCUGCCUGCCUUCCUCCCUUCUGCAGCCCCAUGGCAGCCCUGCCCACUGCCCCUGUCCCUGCGGAGUCUGCAGCUUCUAGUGCUGGGUUCAGCCCCUCAGCAGCUAGCUCCUUGUAGUGAGCUGCUGCCUCCUGCUGGGGGUGGCACUGUCCAUCACAUGGAGCCUGCUACCUCUCGUGCCUGCUGCUCAAUAAAUAAUGCCCAUGCCCCCACUGGA